AUGUCCUACUUCGGGUUCCCCUUCCCAGAAGAGACCCAAUCCUUCAGCUCUCACGCCCAAGUGCUGGACUACCUCUGCUCCUACGCGGACGAACACGACCUGCAUCCCCUCAUCAGCCUCGGAUGCUCCGUCGAAUCCGUCCGCCUAGCUAGUCUUCCCUCCGUCGGGGAUUCCUCGCACACAUUUGGCAGCGUUGACGGCAGUCUGAGUAGCAGCGAAGACUCAUCUUUGGGGGAGGGAGCGGUGACGGGGACCGACACUGCUGCUGCUGCAGGCCGGCACGGGGGCGGAAUCGACCAAGGGCAAUCGAAGGCGGAGGUGGAGAGCACAACGCUCGGGAGGUGGGAGGUGGUGUACCGGCGAAGAAGCGCUCCCGCUGCGGCUGCCGUUGCUGAUGAUGAUGACCAGGUCGUGGCGGAGGUGUUCGACGCCGUUUGCGUUUGCAGCGGGCACUUCGACGAGACGUACACACCGACGGUUGCGGGGCUGGACGAGUUCCAGGGGACGGUCAUGCACGCCAGGGAGUACGACAUACCGGGCGUUGAGGCGUUCGUGGGGAAGAGGGUGCUGUGCGUCGGGGCUAGGUCUAGCGGGACGGACAUCGCGCGCGAGAUCUCCUCCGUCGCGCACGCGGUCCACGUGUGCGACAGGAGCAACCCUGUCAACUCCAAGGGCGGAGAAAGAGGCAACGUUUGGUGGCGGACGGCGCUGGAGAAGUUCGAGGGCGCCAACGGAGUGCGGUUCAAGAAUGGAGAGCUCCUUGAGGUAGACACUGUGGUGUGGUGCACCGGCUACAACUACGCUUUCCCGUUCUUGGAAGGCUCCGGGCUGCUCACCGCGCCGGCGUCGAAGCGCGUUCACCCUGUGUUCGAGCACCUCUUCCACGUGUACCACCCGUCCCUGUCAUUCGUCGGCCUCCCUCAGAGGGUGUAA